CCCGGCAGGAGCGCGGAGAAACGGUUCUUGCGCCUGCGCCCUGCACCACUGCGCGCCUUGGCACCCACUCGGGGGCUUUUGUGCGCGUGCGCGCUCGCGCUCCCGCCCUCUCGCUGCGCUCGGCUGAGUCAGUCAGUCAGUCUGUCGGAGUCUGUCCCCGGAGCAGGCAGGGUGAAAGGACUUGGGCAAGCCAGUUGCCGGAUUAUUCUAUUUCCCCUCCCUUUCUUCCGCCCCGUGUCUCUCUUCACCCUUCUCCCGCCCUUGCUCGCGUAGCCAUGGCGGAGCCGUCGGCGGCCACUCAAUCCCCUUCCAUCUCCUCCUCGUCCUCCGGAGCCGAGCCGUCUGCGCCCGGCGGCGGCGGGAGCCCGGGAGGCUGCCCCGCCCUGGGAACGAAGAGCUGCAGCUCCUCCUGUGCGGAUUCCUUUGUUUCUUCCUCUUCCUCUCAGCCUGUAUCUCUAUUUUCGACCUCACAAGCCAGUUUCCCAGAGCAUCCUGCUUUUCUCUCAAAGAAAAUUGGUGGAGUGGAAGAGCAAAUAGAUAAAGAGACCAAGAACCCAAAUGAGAUAUCAAGUAGGGAAGCUAAAACCGCAUUGGAUGCUGAUGACAGAUUCACUUUGCUAACUGCCCAGAAACCACCUACUGAGCACUCUAAGGUAGAAGGCAUUUAUACAUAUUCUUUGUCGCCAUCCAAAGUUUCAGGAGAUGGUGUUAUUGAAAAGGAUUCCCCUGAAUCACCAUUUGAAGUAAUUAUUGACAAAGCGGCAUUUGAUAAAGAAUUUAAAGAUUCAUAUAAGGAGAGCACAGAUGAUUUUGGUAGCUGGUCUAUGCACACUGAUAGAGAAUCAUCCGAAGACAUUUCAGAGACUAAUGACAAGCUUUUUCCACUGAGAAAUAAAGAGGCAGGACGUUACCCAAUGUCUGCAUUGCUCAGUAGACAGUUUUCACAUACAAAUGCAGCACUGGAAGAGGUGUCUAGAUGUGUGAAUGAUAUGCAUAACUUCACUAAUGAAAUACUGACUUGGGAUUUGGUUCCCCAAGUGAAACAGCAGACCGAUAAAUCCUGUGACUGCAUCACAAAAACUGCAGGACUUGUCAUGAGUGAAUAUAAUUCAGAAAUUCCAGUUGUAAACCUUAAAACUAACACUGAUCAGAAAAUUCCUGUAUGUUCUGUUAAUGGGAGCACUACCAUCACUAAAUCAACAGGUGACUGGGCAGAAGCAUCUCUCCCGAAAGAAAACGCUAUCACUGGAAAACCUAUAGCAGAUCCUCUCAGUUCUGCAAAAGAAUUCAGCACCAGAGGUGUACAAGACAAUAUGCAGAAACAGGAUGACAUACUUGCAGAAUUACCUGGGUCUGCACCUGAGAAACCUUUGGGUUCUGGAGUGGCCACAGUGAACGUGGUUUUAUCUGAUGACCACCUGAAAGAUGAAAUGAACUGGCAGAGCUCUGCAUUGGGAGAAAUCACAGAGGCGGAUAGUUCUGGUGAGUCUGAUGACACAGUAAUAGAGGACAUCACAGCAGAUUCAUCAUUUGAAAAUAAGAAAAUUCAGGCUGAAAAACCAGUUUCCAUUCGAAGUGCUAUUGUAAAAACAGGUGAAAGAGAAAUCAAAGAGAUUCCCAGUUGUAAGAGAGAAGAAACAUCUAAAAACUUUGAGGAGUUGGUCAGUGAUUCUGAACUACAUCAAGAUUGGCCUGAUAUUCUUGAAAGGAGUCCAGCUGGUGAGGCAGCAUGUUCAAAAGUACCCGAUAUGAAUAUCUCUUUAGAUGUGAAGCAGUCAGAUAAAAUGAGUGAAGUUGUGUCUGAAAAGCCUAUUACUACUCAGAACCCCAAACUUCCUUCAACAGUGUCUCCAAAUGUUUUUAAUGAGACAGAAUUCUCAUUAAAUGUGACAACAUCUGCCUAUUUAGAGUCAUUUCAUGGGAAAAAUGUUAAACAUAUAGAUGAUUCCUCCCCAGAGGACCUGGUAGCAGCCUUUACAGAAACCAGAGAGAAAGGAAUAGUAGCUAGUGAAGGAAAUGCCUUUAAAGCAGUAUCAGAGAAGAUGACAGACUUUAAAACAGCUCUUCCUGUAGAAAAAGUCUUACAUGAAAAUGAACCUGGUGUUUCUGAAAUUAAAGACGUUGGAAGCAAAUACAGCGAACAAAGCAAAGAAACAAAUGGAAGUGAGCCUCUAGGUGUUUUCCCCACCCAAGGUACUCCAGUAGCAUCUCUUGACUUAGAACAAGAACAGCUCACAAUCAAGGCUCUUAAAGAAUUAGGUGAAAGACAAGUUGAGAAGUCAGCUUCUGCACAGCAUGACACAGAAUUGCCUUCUGAAGAAGUGCUGAAACAAACUUUCACAUUCGCUCCAGAAUCUUGGCCACCAAGAUCAUGUGACAUCCUAGAACAUAAUGUCAAGAAUGGAUCUGAUCUUGGGAUUUCCCAAAAGCCCACUGCUAUCAGAGAAACGACUAGGGUAGUUGCUGUUUCCAGCCUUAGCAAGACUGAAUUAGUAAAAAAGCAUGUCCUAGCAAGACUUCUGACAGACUUCUCAGUGCACGAUCUGAUUUUCUGGCGAGAUGUGAAGAAGACUGGGUUUGUCUUUGGCACCACGCUGAUCAUGCUGCUUUCCCUGGCAGCUUUCAGUGUCAUCAGUGUGGUUUCUUACCUCAUCCUGGCUCUUCUCUCUGUCACCAUCAGCUUCAGGGUCUACAAGUCUGUCAUCCAAGCUGUACAGAAGUCAGAAGAAGGCCAUCCAUUCAAAGCCUACCUGGACGUAGACAUUACUCUAUCCUCGGAAGCUUUCCAUAACUACAUGAAUGCUGCCAUGGUGCAUGUCAACAGGGCCCUGAAACUCAUUAUUCGUCUCUUUCUGGUAGAAGAUCUGGUUGACUCCUUGAAGCUGGCUGUCUUCAUGUGGCUGAUGACCUACGUUGGUGCUGUUUUUAACGGAAUCACUCUUCUCAUUCUUGCUGAACUGCUCAUUUUCAGUGUCCCGAUUGUCUAUGAGAAGUACAAGACCCAGAUUGAUUACUACGUUGGCAUCGCCCGAGAUCAGACCAAGUCAAUUGUUGAAAAGAUCCAAGCAAAACUCCCUGGAAUCGCCAAAAAAAAGGCAGAAUAAGCACAUGGAAACCAGAAAUGCAACAAUUACUAAAACACCAUUUAAUAGUUAUAACGUUGUUAUUUGUACUAUGAAGGAACAUACUCAGUGUCAGCUUGAGCCUGCAUUCCAAGCUUUUUUUUUUUUAAUUUGGUGUUUUAUCCCAUCCUUUCCCUUUAGCCCUCAGUAUCAAGCACAAAAAUUGAUGGACUAAAAAAAGAACUAUCUUAGAACACAGAAGAAUAAAGAAAGAAUCAAAUUCAUAGGAUAAGUUAAUACCUUAAUGGUGGUGGAGCUUUUACCUGUAGCUUAAAAGGGGAAAGAUUGGAGGUAAAAGAGAAAAUGAAAGAACACCUCUGGGUCCUUCUCUCCAGUUUUCAGCACUAGUCUUACUCAGCUGUUCAUUAUAGUUUUGCCCUUAAGUUAAGAAGUAAUAAUUAACUUAUGAAAAAGUUAUCUGGGGAUAGGAGUAUAUCUUUCUUGUUUUUUUUUUUUUUUUUUUCCAGCCCUCAAAUCUUACCUUCCUGUCCCACAAUGUGAGCAGCUACUCCCGAUAUUCCUUUUCUUUAAUAACAACUUGAUGAGUAACUUAUAGGUGAUAAUGUUAAUUCCUGAUUCUGAUAAUGCCAUCUGAUAAAAAAGAAUAGAAAUGGAAAGUGGGACUGGAGAGGGAAUCAGGAGUGCUGUGGUGGCCUCCACUCCCUCUGCCACUAUCCCCAGGGAAGGAAAGGCUCCGCCAUUUGGGAAGGUGGUUUCUAUGUCACUGGACACCAGUUCUGAGCGUUAGUUUGAGAACUCAUUCCCGAAUGUGCUUUCCUCCCUCUCCCCUGCCCACCUCACCUUAAGUUUAAUAAAUAUGGUUGUACUUUUCUUACUAUAAGGUAAAUGUCUGUAACUGCUGU